UGACAUGUGUGGUUAUUUGUGUUUAUUACAAAAGCAAUUGAGUUGAUUAUAAUAUUAUACAUAUGUACAAAUGUUAGGAUGAUAACUACGCAUUUAAUGUCAUCUAAUGAAUUGAACAUAGUUAAAAUGUGUUUCUUAGUUAAUUGCCUUAAACGAUUCAAAAGUUCACAACAAUGGUUAAGUCGUCAAAAAGCAGAUCCCUACGUGGAAAAGGCCAAAAUAUAUAAUUACAGGUGUCGAAGUGCAUUUAAGCUUUUGGAAAUGAAUGAAAAAACCAAUAUCCUCACACCAGGAUUAACUGUUAUCGAUCUAGGUGCUUCUCCUGGGUCAUGGACUCAAGUUGCAGUUCAGAAAACAAACUCUGAUGGAGCUGAUAAAAGUAAACCAAAGGGAACUGUACUGUCGAUCGACAAACUUCAAAUAUUUCCUAUACAGGGUGCUACAAUUAUGAGUAAUAUGGAUUUCUCAACAAUAGCAGCUCAUGAUAAAGUGGUGGAAACACUUAACGGCAAGAAGGUUGACUUAGUGUUAUCUGAUAUGGCCCCAAGUGCGACUGGCAUUAGAGAAUUAGACAAGGAUAGAAUUUUAGGACUCUGUUAUAUGGCAAUUCGAUUUGCAGCUCUAGUCACUAAAGUUGACGGAAAUUUAUUAUUCAAAGUCUGGGAUGGGAAGGAGGUACCAAUAUUAGAAAUGGAUUUAGAAAGGUUUUAUAAAAGUACAAAGAUAUUGAAGCCAAAAGCGAGUAGAUCUGACUCAUCUGAGAAGUUUAUUCUUGCAAGAGGAUUUAAGGGUAUUCAGAGGCCAUUGCAAAAUGGACGCUGGGGAUAAAACUCAUGUUAAAAUUAGAAAAUGUUAAGUUCUAUACAAGAUUA